GGGACCGGCCAGGAGCACAGAAACAAAGGCCACGAAGUCUGGGAUGAGCCCCACGGCCCCGCCACCCCCAUUGCGGGGCCCCUCCGACUCGCCGCCGAUAAAAUUCCCUCGGUCCCUGCGUUGAAAUGUGACUGCUGCGCAACUGCCAUUCCAACUUACCUGUCAUCAAUUGCGUUCCUUUAGCCUCUUGGGCUGCUUUCUCGAUCGCAGGUGAUACCACCGCAGCGCCGUCUCUUCGCCCCCAGAUACACCCCCCUGAGAUACCCAGAGCCGCUUCACCAGCACCGCAGCAAUGGCGACGUCAGAGGCUGCCAUUUCACGAUCCGAGAUCGUCAACAAGUACACCCAGCUCGACCAGCGCGGCAUCGUGAUUGCCGAGUACAUCUGGAUCGAUUCCGAGGGCCAGACCCGCUCCAAGACCCGCACACUUGAGCCUCGCGACGACGGCAAGAAGUGGGAUGUCGACACGCUGCCCAUCUGGAACUUCGACGGCAGCUCGACCGGCCAGGCUCCCGGCGAGAACUCGGAUGUCUAUCUCCGGCCCGUCGCCGUCUACCCCGACCCGUUCCGCAAGGGCGACAACAUCCUUGUCCUGACGGAAUGCUGGAACCACGAUGGCACACCGAACAAGUUCAACUACCGCCAUGAGUGCGCUAAGCUCAUGCAGGCGCAUGCCGACAAGGAGCCGUGGUUCGGUCUGGAGCAGGAAUACACCCUCCUGGAUCUCAACGACCGGCCGUACGGCUGGCCCCCGAACGGCUUCCCCGCUCCCCAGGGCCCCUACUACUGCGGUGUCGGCGCCGGGCGGGUUGUGCAGCGCGAUGUUGUCGAGAGCCACCUCCGCGCCUGCAUCUACGCCGGUGUCAAGAUCUCGGGCACCAACGCCGAGGUCAGCAAGUCACAGUGGGAGUUCCAGGUCGGCCCCUGUGUUGGCAUCAGCAUGGGCGACGACCUCUGGAUUGCCCGCUACAUCCUCGCCCGUGUUGCUGAGGACUUUGGCGUCAAGGUCUCGCUGCACCCCAAGCUCAUCCCCGGUGACUGGAACGGCGCGGGCCUGCACAGCAACUUCUCCUCCAAGGAGAUGCGCGCGGAGGGCGGCAUGAAGGCCAUCGAGGAGGCCAUCAAGAAGCUCGAGGGCCGCCACCAGGAGCACAUUGCCGUCUACGGCGAGGACAAUGAGAAGCGUCUCACCGGCCGCCACGAGACCGGCGCCAUCGACCAGUUCACCUACGGCGUGGCCAACCGCGGCGCCUCCAUCCGCAUUCCCCGCGAGGUUGCUGCUAAGGGCUACGGCUACUUUGAAGACCGCCGGCCGGCCAGCAACGCCGACCCCUACCGUGUCACCGGUAUCCUCGUGGAGACUAUCUUCGGCGCUGUUUAAGGAUUCUGAAGAUGUCCGUUUUGGAUUUUAAGCUUGGAGCAUGUCUCUGUUUGCGGGCUUGAUUGGCGUUGAUUCUUGAUCGGGGGACGCCGCCGGCUGUCUUGAACACAUGGCAGUUCCUGACGACUUUCGGGACCCUGUACUCAUUAGCUCCUGCCUAUGGGGCUGGCAAGAUUGGAAAAGGGGGCCUACUUUGUCACUUUUUUGACAUUGGGCUAUCGCAUGGCUUGGAUGGAGAGCGUAUCGGGUAUGAAGAUGCGGGUUAUACAUCAUUAGUGUCGGGCGCCAAUGGUUGUUUGGUUGAAAUCGGUUACGGGGCCUAAUUCACAUAGACAGGAUGAGACAGCAAAAGAACAAGACACUUGACUAUGCCACGCCCC